AAGUUGUUUGUUCUGUAAGUUCGUGGAAUCCCCAACUCUUCCGAACAUCAUGCAUAGUCUAUUAUGAGACACGUAUCUUUGAUAACAUCGGUAAUAUUUAUGAUAAAUCUUUCAUGUUUUUCUUCGAUAAAGUUCCUAAAAACUUCAAAUAUACCCUUGUAUCUCCGUUCGAACGUAAUAAACUCUCAAUCAUCUUAUUCGAGCAGCACUCGUUUUUAUUCGAACGUUACAAAUAUGGUUUCUACUAACAAAGUGCCGUUUUCAGUCGGAUUAGACCCGUUCUGCCAUAAGCAGUUUGAAGACAAGGCAGUAAAUCACAUACCAUGUGAAAAGGAAACCUUUAUGAACAAGGUUCAAGAAAUAUUAGAUUCUGGAGAUUAUAAGCUUACAGACGGAUAUGCUCCUUUUUGUAAGCACAUAUUUGUUAAAAAUUUCACCAAGGCUCUAUGCGGAUCCAUAGAAAUUACCGAGAAGAAUGAGCACCUCCUCAAGAGUGGGUACGUAGCUCGCACAUCGAAUGAAUUACCGGUAUUAUCUCGCUGGUUCAGAAGGUCAGAUGUUGAACAAUACACCGAGGAAGCUUUAUACUUGGAUUUAAUUUUAUACUCUAAAGAACAAGUAAUAAAGGAAAAUGAAGCCACAAAUACCAAGAUUCCAGAUCGUUCCUAUGACAAGGACUACUAUAUAAUAUCGGUAAAACCCCAAAAUAUCGACAAGGAAUUACCCAUGCUUCCAAUAACGAUGAUGAGAAACACUAUGAUCGAAGAAGGUGGAAGUGGUGUAGGUAUCAAUAGGGGAAAAUAUUUAGAAUCGGUAGAAUUCUGGUCAAAGCGCGCAGCCAUACUCAAUUAGCGUAUCAUAUAAGAUAAAUUCUUGGAAUCUAUUCACUCUUGCUAUCAUGCUCUUUAAUCAUCUGUUCCAGAU